CCCGCAGCCAGCCGCCCGCCGCCCAGUCCCCGCCGUCCUCGCCGCGUGCGCCCAGGGGCCCCUCGCCACUCCAGCCUGCACCAUGCCCGUGAAGGGAGGUACCAGGUGCAUCAAAUACCUGCUCUUCGGAUUUAAUUUCAUCUUCUGGCUUGCUGGAAUUGCUGUCCUUGCCAUUGGCUUAUGGCUCCGAUUCGACUCUCAGACCAAGAGCAUCUUUGAGCAAGAAAACAACAACUCCAGCUUCUACACAGGAGUCUACAUUCUGAUUGGAGCUGGCGCCCUCAUGAUGCUGGUGGGUUUCCUGGGCUGCUGUGGAGCCGUGCAGGAGUCCCAGUGCAUGCUGGGACUGUUCUUUGGUUUCCUCCUGGUGAUAUUUGCCAUUGAGAUAGCCGCGGCCAUCUGGGGAUAUUCCCACAAGGAUGAGGUGAUUAAGGAAGUGCAGGAGUUCUACAAGGACACCUACAACAAGCUGAAGUCCAAGGACGACCCCCAGCGCGAACCACUGAAAGCCAUCCAUUACGCGCUGGACUGCUGUGGCUUAGCUGGAGGCGUGGAGCAGUUCGUCAGAGACAUCUGCCCCAAGAAGGACAUUCUCGAAAGCAUCCAGAUUAAGCCCUGCCCUGAGGCCAUCCAGGAAGUCUUCAACAGCAAGUUCCACAUCAUCGGCGCGGUGGGCAUUGGCAUUGCGGUGGUGAUGAUUUUCGGCAUGAUCUUCAGCAUGAUCCUGUGCUGUGCUAUCCGCCGGAGCCGUGAGAUGGUCUAGAGUCGAUCUACACCCCGAGCAGGAAAACUGGCCCCUGGAGUCUGUUGGAUUAUUAUUAUCAUUUUUGCCACUAACAUUAGUGUUCAUUACGCAUUUCUAAACAAAAGUUAUUCUGUGUUUGUCAUUUUAAUGCUUUAUUCAAUAUUGACCUUUGUAGCUGAGGGACCCGGGGGUCUGGUUUGCUUUGUUUUGUUAUUUUUUUUUGUUUGUUUGUUUGUUUUGGUUGGUUAUUUUUGCUUGUUACGUUGAGCAAGAAUCCUGCAAUGAAAGGUACUAUAUUUUCCAGACUCUAGACAGAAGAUAUUGUACAUAAAGAUAAUUUUUUUUGCCUUUAAAUAGAUAAAAAUGUCUAUCAAAUUUAAUCAGGUUGUAAGUUAUAUUGAAGACAAUUUGAUACAUAAUAAAAGAUUAUAACAAUA